UCCCAGCUGACUAACAGCUCUUGUUUACUGGUUGGAAAAAGGGGAGGGGGGGCGAGAGACUUCGCAAGAACUACUAACCUACAUGUCUAUAUUUUUCUACAGAUUUCCUCGCUUCCAGCACCUUUUCUUACGUUUUGUUUUUUUACGCACGCUCCUUCGGAAAGGCGAUCCCGGCAAGAAAGCGAUCCCAAAGCCAGCGAUCCGUCCGCUCUCCUCAGGCCCAAGACGGUUUUAUUUUUUUGCUAGCUGCUCGAGUCUUUUCAGGAUCAUGCGCUGGUGGGCGCCCCAUUGAAGAAUUCACACAGGGCAUUUUGGAAGCCGCUGACGCUUCAUCAGGCCGACCUUUAAGGAAAUUGCCCUAUUUUCUUCCCGGAGCACACGGCCAAUUGUAAGCUGCAAAAGAAACAAGACAACAACAAAAAGCUGCUUUUAUUUCAUAUCCAAGUUUCAGGAAGCUUCUUGAUUAUUUUUCCCAGAAAAGGAAAUUUGCUGGGCUGUAUAUAAUAAUAAAGCAACGUUUGGAGAUUCUUAAAGAAGAGCUGUAUAGUGUUGUGUGUGUGUGUCUCUGUGAGGAAUUUGGCUUUGCUUUUCUCAGCCCACCCCUUCCUCGAAUUAAAGCUCCUUUCCUCCAUCAUGCUGCCACAGGACCUGAGCUGUAAAAGUCACAUCGUAAAAUAGGAAGCUCCCUCGGCUUCCACCUCUGGACUAGGACGGGAGCAGCGCUCUGAGGAGAAAAAGCUCGAAGCAUAAAGCUCGGGGGGCAAUGGGACUGGCUGAAAUGGUGGGUGUGGGGCACCCCAAUAAUAACAACCACCACCCCUCUCCCAGAUCCGGCUGGACCGUGCUGCUGGCUCUCCUCACCAUCGUCCUACUGUGCGGACACAACCAUGGCAAAAUUUGCCCAAGUAUGGAUAUUCGGAAUAACCUAACAAAGUUGUAUGAUUUAGAAGACUGCACUGUUAUUGAAGGUCAUCUACAGAUUCUGCUAAUGUUUAACACCAAACCAGAAAAUUUUAAAGGGUUAAGAUUUUCCAAUCUUACCAUGAUAACAGACUACCUCCUUCUGUUUCGCGUUUACGGUCUGCAAAGUCUAAAAGACUUGUUUCCAAAUCUCACCGUCAUCCGUGGCACUCGACUCUUUUUUAACUAUGCCUUGGUCAUUUAUGAGAUGCUAGAUCUAAAGGAAAUCGGUCUACACAGCCUUAUGCGCAUAACUAGAGGCUCAGUCAGGAUUGAGAAGAACAACGAGCUGUGUUACCUAUCUACCAUUGACUGGUCAAAAAUCCUGGACACUGUGGAAGACAACUAUAUCAACCUCAACAAAGAUAACAAGGAGGAAUGUGGGGAUGUGUGCCCUGGUGCUAUAAAGGGAAAGAGCAGUUGCCCUUCUACAGUAAUUAACUCUGUGUUUGGUGAGCGCUGCUGGACCCAGGAUCACUGUCAAAGAAUUUGCCCUUCUACAUGUAAACACCAGGUCUGUACCCGUGAUAAUCGAUGCUGCCACAGUGAGUGUCUUGGAACCUGUACGGAGCCUGAUGACCCCUUUAAAUGUGUAGCAUGCCGAAAUUUCAUGCAUCAGGGGGAAUGUGUGGAGACUUGUCCUAAAGGCUUUCUCAGCUUGCAUGGGUGGAGGUGCAUCACCUUCAGUGAAUGCCAAGAACUGCACAAUAAAAGUCGAAAUUGUCCAGACGACUCUUGCCCUCAGUUUGUCAUUCACAAAGACGAGUGCAUAUCAGAGUGCCCCUCUGGCUAUACCACCAAUUUUACCAGCUUAACAUGUGAGCGCUGUGCAGGACCCUGUCCAAAGAUAUGCUCGGUCCAUGGUAAGGAGAAGGUCAUAGAUUCUGUUACCUCAGCACAAGAACUUCGGGGUUGUACUGUAAUUAGUGGAAAUUUGGUCAUCAAUAUUCGGGGCGGCAAUAACAUUGCCACAGAGCUAGAAGCAAACCUUGGUCGCAUAGAAGAGAUUACGGGAUACCUUAAAAUUAGACGAUCUUAUGCUUUGGUAUCCUUGUCAUUCUUCCGUAAGCUACGUGUAAUAAAAGGUGAUACACUGGAAAGCGGUGAAUAUGCCUUCUAUGCACUAGACAAUACCAAUCUGAGACAGCUUUGGGACUGGCAGAAGCACAAUUUAACGAUUCUUAAAGGAAGACUCUUCUUUCAUUACAACCCUCGUCUCUGUCUACAAGAAAUUCGAGCAAUGGUCAACAUCACUGGAGCUAAGGAUCGGCAGGACAAAAAUGAUAUUGCAACUAAGACUAAUGGGGACCAGGCAUCGUGUGAGAAUGAUGUUCUACGCUUUAACACUAUAAAAGCCAACCAUGAUAAAGUGUUGAUUAGAUGGGACCCUUACUGGCCACCUGAUUACAGAGAUUUGCGGGGGUUCGUGUUUCAUUACAAGGAAGCACCUUACCAAAAUGUGACAGAGUUUGAUGGUCAAGAUGCUUGUGGCUCCAAUAGCUGGACGGUAGUUGAUAUGGAUCCCCCACAACGCACAACAGAUGGCAAGACACUAAAUCCUCCAGGGUACCUUUUACGUAAUCUGAAACCAUGGACACAGUACGCAGUAUUCGUGAAGACUCUGGUGUCUUCAUCAGAUGAAAGUGCAAAAACAUAUGGAGCAAGAAGUGAUAUUAUCUAUAUUCGAACAAAUGAAACAACACCCUCUGUCCCCCUUGAUCCAAUUUCCGUGUCCAACACAUCAUCUCAGAUUACUCUUAAGUGGAAACCACCAUCUGAGCCCAAUGGAAAUGUCACACACUAUCUGGUGUUUUGGCAGGAGCAACCAGAGGACAGUGAGCUGCGUGACCUGGAUUACUGUAAUAAGGGAAUAAAGCUGCCUUCAAGAACAUCAUCACCUCCUCAGGAAAUAGAUGACUCUGCUAAACAUAAUGGAACAGACACAGAAGAUGCAAAUAAAGGGUGUUGUUCAUGCCCCAAGAGUGAUGCUCAAAUCCAGAGUGAACACAAUGACCUGGCUUUCCGAAAAACAUUUGAGAACUAUUUGCACAAUGAAGUAUUCAUUUCAAGACCUUUUAGAAAGCGCCGUGAUACUUUUGGUGUGGCAAAUGGUACCUCAUCUGAUCUAGUGACACCCACCCCUCUCUCUAAUGUCACCACAACUGGAUUUCCUGUUGCCCCAGAGCCAAAGAAGUUCUCUCAGAGAGUCUGGUUCAAGGAGUCAUUUGUUAUCUCCGACCUGAAGCAUUUCACAUCCUAUCGAAUUGAGAUCCAUGCUUGCAACCAUGAAGUUUUAGUGGGCUGUAGUGUUGCUGCCUACGUCACUGCCAGAACCAUGCCAGAAGCAAAGGCAGAUAACAUUGAGGAGCCAGUUACUUCUGAAUAUAUAGAACCCUACGUUCACAUCAUGUGGAAGGAGCCAAAAAAUCCUAAUGGCCUAACCAUUUUGUAUGAAGUACAAUACUCCCGUGUUGGAGACACUCGGGAGGAUGAUGAGUGUGUGUCCCAGAAACAGUACCUUCUGGAAAAGGGAGCAAAGCUGCACUCACUUUUGCCUGGAAACUACAGUGUGAAAGUCAGAGCAACUUCACUGGCUGGCAAAGGAUCCUGGACCCAAACCACGUAUUUUCAUGUGCCAGACCAACACACCCCCCCAAGUAGCAUACUGAAGAUUCUUGUUGGCCCAGCCAUUAUACUUGUUAUUUUCCUCAUUGUCAUUAUUGUCUGCGUGAUACAGAAAAAGAAAGAUGCAGAAGGCCCAACAGGACCACUAUAUGCUUCAUCUAAUCCAGAAUAUCUAAGCGCAAGUGAAGUGUACAUUCCAGACGAAUGGGAAGUACCACGAGAAAAGAUCAUCUUGCUCCGAGAGUUAGGACAAGGGUCCUUUGGAAUGGUGUAUGAAGGGAUUGCCAAGGACAUAAUAAAGGGAGAAGCUGAAGUACGAGUUGCUGUGAAAACUGUGAAUGAGACCGCAAGUCUUCGGGAGAGGAUAGAGUUCCUGAAUGAAGCCUCAGUCAUGAAGGCAUUCAUCUGCCACCAUGUGGUUCGUCUCAUAGGUGUUGUCUCCAAAGGUCAGCCUACACUGGUUAUUAUGGAACUGAUGGGGCACGGAGACCUCAAAAGUUACUUGCGUUCACUGCGCCCUGAUGCUGAGAAUAAUCCAGGCCGUCCAGCUCCCUCAAUACGAGAAAUGAUUCAGAUGUCUGCAGAGAUUUCUGAUGGCAUGGCUUAUCUCAAUGCCAAAAAAUUUGUACAUCGUGAUUUGGCUGCUCGAAACUGCAUGGUUGCAGAAGAUUUCACUGUGAAAAUUGGAGAUUUUGGGAUGACUCGUGACAUAUAUGAGACGGACUAUUAUCGAAAAGGUGGAAAAGGGCUGUUACCAGUCAGGUGGAUGUCCCCGGAAUCCCUGAAAGAUGGAGUGUUCACCACCUUCGCAGAUGUCUGGUCCUUUGGUGUAGUGCUGUGGGAGAUAACAACUUUGGCUGAACAGCCCUAUCAGGGUCUGUCCAAUGAACAGGUCCUCAAGUUUGUUAUGGAUGGAGGGUCCCUGGAACAGCCAGAAAAUUGUCAUCCUAGACUUCACAGUCUGAUGCAGAUGUGUUGGCAAUACAAUCCCAAGAUGAGGCCGACUUUCUUGGAGAUCAUUGAAAUGCUAAAGGAUGAUGUUCAUCCAAGUUUUCAGGAGCUAUCAUUUUAUUAUAGUGAGGAAAAUAAACCUCCUGAAGCAGAUGAUCUUGAGAUGGAUUUUGAAAAUAUGGAGAGCACCCCUCUGGAUCCGUCUUCCUGUUCAUUACGGGAUGAGGGACAGCGAGGAAAUAUUUAUGAGGAACAUAUCCCCUACACCCACAUGAAUGGGAGUAGGAAAAAUGGACGAAUUCUGUCUCUGCCUCGUUCCAGCCCAUCCUAACACACAGAGCCACCCCUGUUGAACAUAUAAACUACCCUCCGUCAAAUCUCAGGACAGAACUGUACCCAUGGCUCGAACAUCAAACCGCCAUUGCCCUCUUCAGGUUUUGAAUGUUUCCUUGCCCCAUCGGGUGCUUGACUUUUUUUUGUCAUGUGCUUUGGGUUUUUUUUUUUUUUUUUUGGGACAGUCUGACUGUAGGGCAAAACUGUGAACAGACAAAGCAACGGGGAAAACUCCAUUUGAAUCAACUACACUUUAUUACCUAUUUAUUUCCAGUGGCUUUUUACUAUCAAGGCAAAGGUGUGCUAUGCAUAAAAAAGAAGAAAUGCUUCUAAUUUGAAAGGACAUGCCAAAGCAUGAACCAAUGCUCUACAAGAAGGCAAAAUUAAAAACUACACCUUCUUUGUGCAAUGGAUUAAGGCUGCUAAAACCUUAAUCGCUGUUAUGGAGCUGUCUAAGCUCAACUUGAGGUUGUCUGACCAUAGAGUCUUAUCCUGCUUCGCCAUUGGGAAAAUGACAUAAAACAAAAAAAGCUAUCCUGGAAGAAAUUAGCAGAAAGGACUUAAUUGCAAGGAAUGUUUUAACAAGGUGAAGUUCAUAUACCUUACAUGUUGCCCCUUCAUCCACUCAUCUUCUGACCUGCUGAGUUUCCUCAACAGUAAUACAUUAAUAACUUUUUCAACAAGGUGCACAAACUGUGCUUAGGUGAUUAUUUUCUCGCUACAACAUGUCCAUUUGGUUUCCUGUUAUUCACUGAGUGCUCAAAAAUCUACAGUGCUGGGCCUAGUUUUUCCCAUAAGAGCAGAAACAAGUCUUUGGGAUGGUUAAUAUUUUGUCAGAUAUGUUCUUAAUCAGACCAAAAAUGGAGCAAAGUCUCACCAUCCCCUUCUCUCCAUGCUAUAACAUUAAUGCCAUUAAUGUGUAAUAUCAACAUUUCCUCUCCUUUCUACAUAAGCAGCAGAAGGGCCGGUUGGGUAAUUUAGAAGUUCUCUAGUGGAAAAAACAUGAUAAACUCACCCCCAAGAGACUGAAUUUUCUAACAUAAAAGGGGUGUUUUUAGGGUAGUUAUCCUCCUUCAGAACAGUUAGGAUGGUAACUAGUCUCUAACAGCUUCUGUGGUUUGUGUAUAAGCUUUCUAACGUCAGGUCUUUUGCCUGGUGUGCUUACUAUAACAAUUACAACUAAUAUAUGCUUUUUUCAUGUAUACGCGAUAUAUUUUUAAAAUAAGAUCUGUUUUGGUCAAAAAUUCCCUAUCUAAUAAUCUGUUUGAAAGUUCCAUUGUAAAAUCUAGAUUCAUCAGAAUUCAAAAAUAUUUUUUGCUACUUUUUUUAUGUACCAUUUGACUAUUGGAUAAAAUGUAUUAUACUGUGAAGUAUUGACUUGACCUACCUGACAAGGAUAGUACGUGCAUGUUUGCAUGCACGCACAAUACUGUCCUAAAGAGAGUGAAUUAGGCUUCACAAUAAACAUGGGCUUACUCAGUAAGGCAAAAAGCAAAAGUGCAAUAGCCCUUGGCAGCCAGCUAAUAAAUAUAUAAUUCUAUGAUCUGGCUACAAUAAACUGAAAUGUUAUUGCUGAUCGUUACAGCACUUUGGAUGUGACUUCCAAUGUGAUCCUGGCUUGUUGAAACAAGUCUAACAGUGUAAAGUUUAAUAGAAAACCUUUAAAAAUAGCCCAUAUCCUUCACAACUUUUUCAGAUUUCCACACUCCGUAUGUAGUGUCACAUUUUUAUCACUGUAUGUAUGAAAACAUCUUUUCAUUGAGGUCUUUUAGUUAGUCUGUGAAAUUUAGGGUUAAAAAAAAAAGAUUGUUGUAGCUACUGCUAUAACCCAACUUUUACACAUCUAGUGCAGUAGUUCAUGAACCACUUCUUGUAUGUCACAUUAGAUUAUUUUUAUUGUUUUUUUGCUCUCCCAUCUAACAUUGCUGCAUACAGUCUCUCUAAAGAGGCCUUUGGUGUGCAUCACUUAUUUCCCAGGGUGCCAUUGAUCUAUAAACAGCACUUUGUACUCAUUUAUAUUUUUUGUGCUGUGUUAUCUUGCCAAAAAUCUUGUUGACCCAUACAUAAUCUAUCUCCAAGUAACACACUGCACCAUAUUACUUCUUUUAUGGCACAUCCUGUUAUGACAUAUACUUUUUACAUGUAUAUAGCUUGUAUUAUGACCCCAGUAUACAUUUUACCCUAACAUAUUUCUCCAUAUAAUUAUAGUACCAUGCUGUUCCUCAGAUUUAUUUUGGUAUAACUGUAAUAUUCUGUAAAGUCUUAUGAAAACUAUACAGCAAGUUUAAUAUAGAACUUGGUAUAAUUCAGUUUCAUCCCCCAUGCUAUAAAUAUUGGCCAUAUAAUUUGCAGUACCCUGUUGCAUAAUUCCCCCAUUUUCAGCACAUCAUAGUUAUUGCUCCAUGUCUUUUGGUACAGUUUUGAAAAACACAAUGUGGUUUUAAUUUCAAAACAGAAUUGAGCAACAUGAACUUUAUCACGCUGAUGCACACCUCAUUCACAAGUACUGAAAAGAUCAGAAAGCCAACUUUUUAAUUACUGCUGACAUUUUUUGGUAACUUUUUACAAUGCUUGCUUUGUUACUCUCUAAACUAACAGGCAAUAAGCACAGGUAUGCUGCUUUCAGAUAUUUUCUGUAUAUUGUGUUCAACCCAGUAAAAUGAAUGCACAUUAUACAUGCAUUUUACUGUGUAUCCUAAAAUCUUUUCACAUCAUUUUUUUUUUUUUAACUUAGAUCUGUCUAGCAGCUUUAUUUUCACUACACAGUAGUCACAGUAAGCCUUCUAGAUUGUUGUGGAUUAACACUACCCUAUGCCCAUUCACAUAUCAUGGCAUUCAGGCCACAUUCCUGACAAUCUAGCACUAAAAACUAGGAAAUAGUUUUUAACUUUGCCUUAGAGCAGAUGCCACAGCCUGCCGAGGCCUCAUCAAAUGGCCCCUUCUUUUUAAAUCCACUCCUUAGUACCGGCUUUUUUUCUUGCCAUUGUUUUCAUAUGCAAGUUUCAACAUUUCUUUGAUACUUUAUCCUGUUUCCUGUGCCUACAAUUUUAUGCUUCAGCAUACUGAUCUCUUUUAUAUA